UUCUCUCCGUUAAACUCGGACUAUCUCCGUGUUGCUAACUUUGGUCCGUUUCAGGCUAGCAUGCUAAGCUAACUUUAAUAGUUUUGCAUGCUACCGGGAGGUGAUUCAGAGGGAAAAUAUCCAGGAAAAAAGCUGUCAGAGCCGUCAGAGAUUUAUCCAGACGUCCAGAGACUCCGGUGGAUCAGGACUGAUGGAGAUAACUAGUACUUGCUCAACGUAACACAGACACGGCUGAUUCUACGACCGAUCGGGGCCAUGUUAUUCUGAGAUCAACAUCCGGGUGCAUUCUUCUUCGUCUUCUUUAGGAUUGGUUGGCGGUUGGGUAAACCGUGUUUGCAUUACCGCCAACAACUGGUGCGGAAAUUGGAUCAGGAUCGAUAUAACGUCAACACUAGAAAUAACUAACUAAAUAAAUAGUAAAAAUACAAAUACUUUGGAUUUCUGCUUUGCUGAAGUUGACUUCAACUCUUGUGUGGCUAUUUUUUUGUGGCUUCCUUUGCAGCUUCGUCUGUCAUUUCAUUCCAUCUGACACUGGUGGCGGCUGGUGAAUUUUAUUGUCAUCAUCAUCGGCGGUCACUCGUAGUCGAGUAAGACUGUCCUCCUUCCUGGUCCUUGUGGGUCUUCAGGUGGGCGUCGAGGCCGAUUCUGGACCCGAUUACUCUGGGGCAAUGUGGACAAGGGAAUGUAGUGGUGGUGGGUUUGGGUUGGGCCUGUGUGGUGGAUGCUCUCUCCUUUCUUAGGCUGCGCUUGUCUUGUGCAGCAUGGUGGAGGUCGUCAUUAUAUUGCGCGGCACCCUCACGGACAAGCUUUCUCCACAUCGUCCUGUCUGUUGCCUUGACUUCCCAACACUUAAGGUCUAUGCGACACUUCGUCAAGUUUGCCUUGAUGUUGUCCUUAAAUCUCUUCUUUUGACCUCCCGCAGCCCGUUUCCCUUCAACAAGCUGGGAAUAAAGGACUUGUUUUGGGAGGCGAGAAUCAGGCAUGCGGACUACAUGGCCAGUCCAUCUGAGUUGGUUUUGGGAAAUCGUGGCAGUGAUGGUGGGCAAGCCAGUCUCCUCCAGGAUGCUGGUGUUGGUGCGUCGGUCCUCCCAGCUGAUCCUGAGAAUUUUUUUGAGACAUCUAUGAUGGUAGGUCUCAAGUGCCUUUAAGUGCCUACUGUAGGUGGUCCAGGCUUCUGACCCAUACAGAAGGGUGGGGAGCACGACUGCUUUGUAGACCAGGAUUUUGGUCUUUGCUUGAAGGUCACGGUUCUCGAAGACUCACUUCCUCAGCCUUGAGAAGGCCCCACUGGCACAGCUGAGGCGGUGGUGAAUUUCAUCGUCAAUGACAGCUUUAGAUGACAGGAGGCCGAGAUAUGGGAAGUGGUCCACGUUUUCCAGUCGGAUUUUGUCAAUUGAGAGGUUUGGGGGCAGGACAGGCGCAGUACUGUUUGGUGAUGAUUGGUGGAGGAUUUGAGUUUUUUUUUAUAUUGAUGGCAAGACCAAGCUGUUUGUAUGCCUUCGCAAAGGCAGACAGAGUGCGCUGUAGGUCCUCUUCUGAGAGGGCUACAAGGGCGUUAUCGUCUGCAUACUGCAGCUCCAUGAUGGACAUGGUGAAGGUUUGACCUUUAGCCCUGAAACGGUUGAUGUUGAAGAGUUGACCGUCGGUUCUGUACAUUAUUUCGACUCCCUGGGGCAGAUGUAUGUUUGUGAGAUGGAGGAUCGUAGCAACAAAAAUGGAAAAUAGUGUUGGCGCGAUGACACAUCCCUGUUUUACACCUGUGUCUACCCUAAAGGGUUCCGUUUCAUCUCCACUGCCACUGAGCACUGUGGCUGACAUGUUAUCAUGUAGUAGUCUCAGUACCCGGAUGUAUUUAUCUGGGCAGCCAAUCUUGGACAGAACCAGCCAAAGGGCCUGACGGUUAACCGAGUCGAAGGCUUUGGUGAGGUCUAUGAAGGCCAUGUAUAGUGGUUGGUUUUGUUCCCGGCAUUUUUCUUGCAAUUGUCGUGCGAUGAAAAUCAUGUCUGUGGUGCCUCUGCUUGGGCGAAAUCCACUCAGGAAGCGCGCUUUCUGACAGGGGGGCGAGUCUGUUGGCCAAAACCCGAGCGAGGGCUUUCCCUAUGGUGGACAGGAGAGAGAUGCCAGAGUAAUUCCCACAGUCUGCCUUGUCUCCUUUCUUAAAUAUGGAGACAAUUAGGGCAUCUCUGAGCUGUGCAGGGAUUUCCUCUUCUUCCCAUAUUUUGAGAAGCAGGGCAUGGAUGUGCUUGGUAAGAUCGGGUCCGCCUUUCUUCAGGACCUCUGCUGGAAUGCCGUCGGGCCCAGCAGCCUUGUUGUUCCUCAUCUUGCCAAUGGCAUCCUGCAGCUCACCCAAGCAGCAGCAGACCAUCCUUUGAGCGAAGGGGGGUUAGGCAGUGGUGGCUGGGACCAUACACCACUCGUGUGGCGUCAAAGAAGCCUCUCGUGUCUCAAGAGUCAGCAAGCUGCUCGAUCUCCAGAGCCUUCUUUGUCCACCGCUGGUUCUUCAGUUCUCUAACCUGUGUUUGGACAGCUGCCUUUGCUUUGGCGUGGGCUACUCUUUUCACUUUGCAGUGGAUGUCGCUUUGCCAAGUGAUGCAAACUGAAGACUCUCCCGAGUCCGUCGUCGUCAUCUUAGAUAUUGAGAAAGGGCCUCUCAAGGAUUGUUGUGGAUAUUAGUUGUCAUCAUUCUGUGUAAGGAAUAUUGUAUCAGUUCAACACACACACAACUCCAUGUGAAGAUUGUGUGUAACUAAGCAAUAUCUUACACCACUGAUGUGUUCCAAGAGAAUUUUUCUCAGGGGUGUCACUUUACGACCUCUGGAAAUCUGAUGAUUUCUGUAUUCUUUAUCAUUUUUCUAUAAUCUAGUUCGCAAUAAAUACUUAAACACAAAGUGAGUUCAAGAUACUUUGGAUUUCUCAUAAGGCUUCAAUCCACAAAUUUCCACCACAAAAAUGUUCCAUUACAGCAAGUCAAGUGUUUUUUUAGUGAUUUCAAUACAGAGAAAAACGAGAUGAGGGGCCGGUUUCGGAGACAAGGCUCAAGCCUAGUCCCAGACUAAAAUGCUGUUUGAGCUGGCUUAACUGAAAUUCACUUGCACAGACGUAGCUUAAAAUACUCGUGGAUUAAGCCUGUUCUGGAUUAAACAAAGCCGAUUGCAAAAUUGAGCAUUAGAGCUACUCCAGGACUAAAUUGGACUGAAUUGAAGCUUAAACUAAUCUGCCAAGGAGGCAGGUUUAACUCCCGCUUAGUAGGCUAGGCUACUGUUUGUGAAACUGAGCUUGGAUUGUUUGGGAGCAUGGACUAUUUGGAAUAUCUAAAUGAGGACCAACAUGCACGACAAAGGCCAGCCAGACGAAUACUGCUGGAUAGGAGUGAUCCAUUGAAUCAGUUUGAUGAAAUAACUUUUCGAGACCGCUUUCGUAUGCACAAGGAAAAUGCAUUGGAGAUAAUUACUUUGCUUGAGCCUAGACUUUCCUCUCUGUCUCAAAGAGGAAGGCCUGUGUCCAAUCAACUGCAAGUUCUGAUCACUUUGAGGUUCUUGGCAUGUGGAAUCUUUCAUCGUGAAACUGGUGAUUUGUGUGGUAUCAGUGAACCAACUGUAUGUAGAAUAGUUCACAAAGUCUGCAGUGCCAUUUGUGAACUGAGGAGUCUUUACAUCAAGUUCCCUGAUGCUGCUGGGCAAGCCAACUAUAAAGUGCAAUUCUAUGAAUAUGGGCACUUUCCAGGAGUGAUUGGCUGUAUAGACGGAUGUCAUGUUCCCAUCAAGUGUCCAUCAACUCCUGAUGCAGAGGAAUACAGGAAUCGUAAGAACUGUUUUUCAAUCAAUGUUCAGGGUGUAUGCACUCCUAAUUUGGAGUUUUCAAACAUUGUUGCCCGUUGGAAAGGUGCAACCCAUGAUUCAAGGAUUUUUCUCAACUCUUCAUUGUGUGCACAAUUUGAGAGUGGACAACAUAGUGGACUACUACUUGGUGAUAGUGGAUAUGGUCAGAGUAACUAUUUAUUCACACCACAUCUAAAUCCCACAACAGCUGAGCAGCAAAGGUACAACAGAGCUCAUAUCCGUACUAGAGGGAUGAUCGAGCGUAUGUUUGGAGUAUGGAAAACUCGAUUCCAGUGCUUACGAAAUACGCUUCGUUUCAAGCCAAGAAGAUGCUGCAAAGUGAUCAUUGCUACAGCUGUGCUGCACAACUACCUGAAGCAGCAUGGCUGUCCUGACCUGCCAAUGGAAGAUCAGGAUGAUGCAGAUGUGCCCAUGGUGGCAGAGGCAGCCAAUGACCAGCGAGGACUUGCACACAGAGCUGCUUUCACAGUGCAGCACUUCAGCAUUUAAAUAUGGAAUGUAUCCAUUAUGGUAUGGUGGUGCUUGCAUACUGUUUCUGUACAAAAUUACAAUAAUGUAGCAAAAUUAAACUAGUGAACUAGUGAAUAGUUACCCGGGUAAUAUGUAGUUUGUGAUGAUUAAUACUCACUCACACGCCAAAUGACAAUACAUUUAUUUUUAUUUUUCACAAUUCCUCAUAUUCACCAUGGCUACUAGUAUGCAGAAUUCUUUUUUGGAGCAUAGCCCUCUCUCCCAAUUUCAUAUCCAGUUCAACCUCUAGAAUUCUCAUUUUCAUUUCAUGUUCUUCUUUUAAAUAUUCAAUUUUACGCUCAUGAAAUUCUCUGGCUAACUUUUCAUGCAUAGUUAUCUUUUUUGGUCUCUGUUGGAUGGUAGCAGCUUCAUCUCCCAGGGGUGCCAUAGCAGAUGUGGAGGGUUCAGGCUCG